UUACAGCUCUUCUGAGUGUUUCUGAUAAGGCGGGGCUUUUGCCUCUAGCGAAGUGCUUAUCGGACAUUGGCCUGGGGUUAGUGGGCAGCGGAGGGACCGCGACCGCGCUUCGUAAUGCCGGUCUCAAAGUUCUUGACGUAUCGGACAUCACCGGGGCACCAGAAAUGCUUGGCGGUCGAGUAAAGUCGUUGCACCCGGCUGUACAUGCCGGUAUACUAUCUAGGUUGACAGAUUCCGACCAGGCUGACAUGAAACGUCAGAAGUUUGAUAUGAUCAGUGUUGUUGUUUGCAACUUGUAUCCGUUCGUGGAAACAGUUGCUAAACCUGACGUGACAGUUGCUGAUGCUGUGGAGAACAUAGAUAUUGGUGGUGUGACUCUACUCCGUGCUGCUGCUAAGAACCAUGAUAGAGUUACUGUUAUCUGUGAUCCUAAGGAUUAUGAAUCAAUCAUCGAAGAACUAAAGAAUACUAAAGAUCAUCAGACAUCAUUGGAAACAAGGCAAAAGUUAGCUUUAAAGGCCUUCACUCAUACAUCAGAGUAUGACCUGGCUAUAUCUGAUUACUUCCGAAAGCAGUACUCAGCAGGACAAUCCCAGCUCACGUUAAGAUAUGGCAUGAACCCCCACCAAAAGCCGGCUCAGUUGUUCACAACAUUAGAUAAAUUGCCUCUGACCGUUCUGAAUGGUUCUCCGGGCUUUAUCAAUCUGUGUGAUGCUCUCAACGCCUGGCAACUGGUGAAAGAACUGAAAGAGGCUCUGGGACUUCCAGCCGCUGCCAGUUUUAAGCAUGUCUCCCCAGCUGGGGCAGCUGUUGGUCUACCAUUGACUGAGGAAGAGGCAUCUGUAUGCAUGGUGAGCGACUUGUUGUCGCAACUGACGCCACUAGCGUGCGCAUACGCUCGCGCUCGCGGCGCAGAUCGCAUGAGUUCGUUCGGGGACUUUGUGGCGCUGUCGGAUGUUUGUGAUGACGUCACCGCACGUAUCAUCUCCCGCGAGGUGUCGGACGGUAUCAUAGCUCCGCAGUACACAUCUGAAGCUCUGCAAAUACUUAGCAAGAAGAAGGGAGGCAAUUACUGUGUAUUACAGAUGGAUCCAUCUUACACACCUUCAUUGAUGGAGCAAAAGACAAUAUUCGGUUUAACUUUGGAACAAAGACGAAAUGAUGCCAAAAUAACACCGGAUCUAUUCAAGAAUAUUGUUACUAAAAAUAAAAAUCUACCCGAGAGUGCAGUCCGGGAUCUUAUUGUGGCUACUAUAGCUCUGAAGUAUACUCAGAGUAACUCUGUGUGCUAUGCUAGAGACGGACAGGUGGUAGGUAUAGGCGCGGGGCAGCAGUCGCGUAUCCACUGCACGCGGCUGGCGGGCGGCAAGGCGGCGCUGUGGUGGGCGCGCAGACACAUGCGCGUGCGCAACAUGCGCUUCCGACAUGGCGUCUCCCGCGCGCUGCAGGCCAACGCCAUUGAUAACUACGUCCUUGGCACCGUCGGUUCAGAUCUACCUCUAGAGCAGUGGAAGUCUCUGUUCGAGGGCGAAGCACCCGCGCCGUUGUCGGAGGCGGAGCGCGAGGAAUGGCUAAAACAGCUGGACAAGGUCGCCCUCGCCUCUGACGCCUUCUUCCCCUUCAGAGACAAUAUCGAUAGAGCUGUGCAGUGCGGAGUUGAAUAUAUCGGUAGUCCGUCCGGCUCCAACAAUGAUCAAGAGGUUAUCGAGGCGUGCAAUGAACAUAAUAUUGUCCUCAGUCACACUAAUCUUAGAUUAUUCCAUCAUUAAACUACAGUUAAAUUGGCACAUUGGCAUAUUUUAUGGAAUAAAAUUACAUUUUCAUAUAAAGUUUACAUAUAAAAUUGUCUUCCUAACAUUUUUAUAA